AUGAAGCGCAUUCUAUCAUAUCGAAAGGUCAACGUUUCCUUUGACAAACGGACAACCCUUGAUAAUGCUUUCCCUGUCAACGUUUCCUUCGACGCUGAUCGACAACGCGUUAAAGCCCCAUCAUCUUCGUACGAUCCAAACCCUGCAAACGAAGAAGUUAGAGAGAAACUUCCUGGCGUCGCUGAAAACGGUUUCAAAAAUCUUUCAUCGCGUCCGCCAUUAGGUCAUUUACCAAUGAUGAAGUUAAGGUUAUUUCACGGCUAA